CGUCACGGAGUCUCUCACUAUUUUAACCCCAUACACUCACACUCCUUUUCUUCUUCACUAAACUCCAAUUCCACUUUCUCUCUUCGAUAUCGUGAUUCUAAAAUUUUCUCUCGAGACUUUUGCAAUUAUGGCUCCAUCCACGAAGACGGUUUUGAUCCCUAUUGCUCAUGGUACGGAGCCUCUAGAAGCGGUGGCGAUGAUCACCGUGUUGCGGCGAGGUGGUGCUGACGUGACGGUGGCCUCCGUCGAGAAUCAGGUUGGCGUUGAUGCUUGUCAUGGCAUCAAGAUGGUCGCCGAUACUCUACUCUCUGAUAUUACCGACUCCAUUUUCGACCUUAUUGUGCUCCCCGGAGGGCUUCCCGGUGGCGAGACGCUUAAAAACUGUAAGCCUUUAGAGAAUAUGGUGAAGAAACAAGACACAGAUGGACGACUUAACGCAGCUAUCUGUUGUGCUCCUGCGUUGGCUCUUGGUACUUGGGGUCUACUAGAGGGCAAAACAGCAACAGGUUACCCGGUUUUCAUGGAGAAACUUGCGGCUACUUGUGCCACUGCUAGUGAGUCCAGAGUUGAGAUAGAUGGAAGGAUUGUGACUAGUCGAGGACCAGGAACCACCAUUGAAUUCUCCCUCACCCUUGUGGAGCAGUUGUAUGGGAAAGAGAAAGCUGAUGAAGUCUCUAGUAUCUUGCUGGUUCGUCCUAAUCCUGGUGAGGAGUAUACUCUCACUGAGCUUAACCAAACGAACUGGUCAUUCGAAGAUACCCCACAGAUUCUCGUUCCCAUUGCAGAGGACUCGGAGGAAAUUGAAGCUAUUGCGCUUGUAGAUAUCCUGAGGCGGGCAAAAGCAAAUGUCGUGAUUGCUGCAGUUGGUAACAGUUUGGAAGUUGUAGGAUCUCGCAAAGCUAAGCUAGUCGCAGAAGUGCUUCUCGAUGAAGUUGCAGAGAAGUCGUUUGAUCUGAUUGUGUUGCCUGGCGGUCUUAACGGUGCUCCAAGAUUCGCAAGCUGCGAGAAACUGGUGAAUAUGUUAAAGAAACAGGCAGAGGCAAACAAACCAUAUGGAGGAAUCUGCGCAUCCCCUGCUUAUGUCUUGGAGCCUAAUGGUUUACUCAAGGGUAAGAAGGCAACUACCCACCCAAGGGUGAGCAACAAACUCUCAGACCAGAGUCACAUUGAGCAUAGAGUCGUGGUGGACGGAAACGUCAUAACGAGCAGAGCUCCAGGGACUGCAAUGGAGUUUUCACUUGCGAUUGUUGAGAAGUUUUACGGGCGGGAGAAAGCGCUUCAGCUCGCCAAGGCAACACUUGUGUAAAAUUCAAAGAUUGAAGUGUAAAAGAGACGUGAAUAAAAGGGCUUUAGUUAUUAUCUCUCCUUUGAUGAUGAGUGACUUUGUGAUAUGAGCUUUGGCUGAGUGUAGUGUGUGUAAUUUACAUAUUGUCUAUUAUAAAUGAAUAAACGAGGUUCUUCUACUA